CAAACCACCAAACAAACAACAACAUAAACCAACAUCAUUAAUUUCAUCAACCUAAAUGGCGAUCAAGAGAAGCUGGGACGACGAUAGAGAAGUCGAAAACUUAGCUAUGGCAAACUGCUUGAUGCUCCUCUCACGCGUCGGCACACCGGACCGUGUUUUCCAUUGCAAGACAUGUAACAAGGAGUUCAAGUCGUUCCAAGCGCUAGGCGGGCAUCGCGCUAGCCACAAGCGACUGAAAACAAGUGAUGGGAGUGAUGUAUCGACCCCUCCAAAGCCCAAGACACACGAGUGUCCGGUUUGUGGCCUCGAGUUUGCCAUUGGGCAGGCGUUGGGUGGUCAUAUGAGGCGGCACCGCGAUAGUGGUUAUGAGAAAAGCGGUCGGAUGGUAUCCACUCCGGGUCGACCCGAAAUAGUGACGGAGAAAAGAGGGUUGUUUAUGGAUUUGAACUUGACACCCUAUGAAAAUGAUAUGAAGUUGUGGAGUAGUACGGUUAACACGGCUCUUGCUAUAUGAACGACGGCGUUUUGUGAUUGAUUGUUACAUAUGGCUUUCAUUGUUAUCACUGGACUGUACAUAUGUUUAUAGAGAAUAUAAAUUUUGAAUUUAAUUUUUUUUGUUUUA